AUGGACGCCUCCUCCCUCCGCAUCUCCAAGUUCGAUGGAACUAACUUCCACGCCUGGAAGUUCAAGAUGCAGAUGGUGCUGGAGGAACGGGACCUAUGGGAGGUCGUCAGCGGUGAGAUCAAGGCGGAACAGUGCGAGACUCAGUUGGACCAAGCGACGUACAAGAGGAAGUCAAGAAAGGCGAUGGCAGUGAUCUGUCUAGCCAUGGAAGAUUCCCAGCUACCGUUGGUCCGGUCGGCAAGUGGUGCAUGCGACGCAUGGUCAAGGUUGGAAGACCACUUCGAGAAGAAGAGUCUUGCCAACAAGCUGUUCUUGCGCCGUCGCUUCUUCACGACAAUGAUGGAAGAAGGCGACGAUGUGCUCGAACACAUCAACAAGCUCAAGACGCUGGCGGAACAGCUAGAAGCGGUGGGGGCUCCAGUCUGCGAGGACGAUCUGGUGAUCACACUUCUCGGCAGCCUGAGUGACUCGUAUCAAUUCUUGAUCACAGCUUUGGAGUCGCGCUCAGACACUCUUAGCUGGGAGCUCGUGACGUCUCGACUGCUUCAUGAAGAAAUGAAGCGGAAGGAGCAAGGAAGUAAAGGUGAUGAAGCUUCGCAAAGUCAAGCGUUCAUCACAAGGGACAAUCAGCGCAAAGGGCGACCAGUGAAGAAGUCCUGGCCGUGCCACAAUUGCGGAAAGAUUGGUCACUGGAUGGCGGAGUGCCCCUCGCGCAUCCAAGAAAACACGGAGAGACACCGGCCACAGCGUGCUCAUGACAGCGGCGAUCGCUAUCGAUCACAACGUGCAAACGUCGCUCAAGAAGAAGACUCCGGGCGACUACCUUUUUCGAUCGGUGAAACGACAUCUGCGAAAUCGAGCGACAUCUGGCUGGUCGACUCCGGGGCGACGCAGCACAUGACGUGUUCCAAGAAGUUCAUGCGGAACUACAAGGGGUUUGACGAUGUGGAUGUCCAUCUCGCGGAUGAUGGAAUCGUCAAAGCAAUCGGCAGUGGCGACAUUGUGAUGUCGAUGAAGACACCCCAAGGGAUGAAGAAAGGUGUGCUCACAAACGUGUGGCACAUUCCAAAGUUAUCCAGAAACCUGUUCUCGGUCGGCCGCUUCACCAAGGAUGUCGGCCCAGUGACGUUCACGAAGGAUGGGUGCUAUGGAGAAGCGAAAGGGAUCAAGUGGAAAAUUGGUGCCCGUGAAGGUAAAGGACUGUUCAAGCUGCAAAUGACUCCAGUGGCGCCGGAACAAGCAAAUGCAGCGAAGUCGUCGGGAUGUCAAGGGGACACCAAGUCGUACCUCUGGCACCUUCGGCUUGGCCACAUUGGUCACGAUGGACUCAAUUGCAUCGUGACGAAGAACAUUGGAAUUGGCAUCGACAUAUCUUCGGUGAAGAAGUGGGACGUGUGUGAAGGUUGUGCUCUGGGAAAACAGACUCGAGUGCGCUUCCAAUCAAACACUACAGCUCGCACCUCCAAACUCCUCGAAGUGAUUCACAGCGAUGUAUGCGGACCGAUGUCGAUGGCAACUUUCAUUGGAAAACGGUACUUCGUGACAUUCAUCGAUGACAAGUCAAGAUACUGUGUCGUCUAUCUGCUCAAGAGCAAAUCUGAAGUUGCGGCGAAGUUCAUGGAAUACGCUGCGAUGGCUGAAACGCAAACCGGAAAGCGCGUGAAGUACCUUCAAAGCGACAAUGGGGUUGAAUACAAGUCCAACAAGCUGGCACGAUUCUGCGCGGAACGGGGAAUACAACAAAGGUUCACAACCCCAUAUACUCCUCAGCUAAACGGAGUAGCUGAGAGAAUGAAUCGCACGCUGGUCGAGUGUGCGCGUUGCAUGAUGGAACACGCUGGACUGGGAAAGAGCUACUGGGGUGAAGCAGUGAUGACGGCGAUGUUUCUUCGAAACCGCUGUCCAACACGUGCCAUUCACCAAGACAAGUCUCCAUAUCAAGUGCGGACGAUGAAGAAACCGAUUCUGGCCAACCUUAAAGUGUUUGGAUGCCACGCGUAUGUUCAAGUGCCUCAAGACAAACGCGCGAAGUUCGACUCCAAGUCAUCACUCUGUCGUUUCCUGGGAUACGCCGAACACCAGAAGUCAUAUCGAUUUGAGGAAGUGUCAACAGGAGCGAUCAAGAUCAGUCUCGAUGCCACAUUCAUGGAAGACAAGUUUGAUGAAGGUCCGCGCAACUACAACGAUAAGUCAAGUGCCGUUGAGUUUGAUGAUCAAGACGAGGACGAAGAAAAAGAAGAAGGUAAAACUGACGUCGACAUGGACUCGAGCGACGAUGACAACGAAGACACCAGGUCUUCGAAGAGCAACAUCAAGAGACACACGCGCACUCAAUCACUUGAGAAAGCUACCGUCAUUCCAAGUCCCAAGCGAAGAACGUACAGAGGUCCGUCGCUUGAGCAUGUGUCAGCGGCUGCAAUGGAUUUUGAAGCAGCCUACAUCGUUGAUUCAGUGGGGGAAACGCCGACUACAUUCAAGUCGGCGAUGGAAUCAAGCGACUCCGGCAAGUGGAAAGAAGCGUGCGACUCGGAGUUCGACUCGCUUCAGAGAAACGACACGUGGGAAAUCGUGCCUCUUCCGAAAGGUCGCAAGGCCAUCGGGUGCCGAUGGGUUUUUCGUGUAAAGGAGAAUCAAGAUGGCGAAGUUGAACGUUUCAAGGCAAGACUUGUGGCCAAAGGAUUCUCACAGAAAUUCGGAGUUGACUAUGAAGAAACUUUCGCACCGGUGGCCAAGUUCACAUCGAUUCUCGUGGUGCUCUACGUCGAUGAUCUCAUCCUGGCCAGCAGCAACAACGAACUCCUCAAGUCGACCAAGAUGGCGCUAAGCAAACGCUUCGAAAUGACGGAUCUCGGUGAGCUCGAUUACUUUCUCGGCAUGGAGAUCAAGAACGACCGUAAGACGGGAAUGGUGACCGUGCAACAAACCAAGUUUCUCAAGUCCGUGUUGACCAAGUUCGGAAUGGAUAACAGCAAGCCAGUGAAGACGCCUCAAGAUCCCGGCCUGAAGCUAACCAAGAACAUGUGUGAACAAGAAUGCAAGCACGAAGACACCAUGUGCAACGUGCCAUAUCGAAGUGCUGUCGGAGGCAUCAUGUAUCUCAUGGUCGCCACAGGUCCGGAUCUAGCUGCUGCAGUAGGAUCAUUAUCCCAGUUCUCGUCCGACCCAUGCCCGACUCACUGGCAAGCUUUGAAGCGUGUGCUGAGAUACCUGCAAGCAACGCCCAAUCAUGGUCUUGAGUUUACACGUGAAGAAGGAAGCCGUAUCUGCGGGUACACCGACGCAGACUGGGCCGGCGACAUUGAGUCAAGACGAAGUACAAGCGGCUAUGUGUUCAUGAUGAACGGAGGAUGCAUCAGCUGGAAAAGCCAGAAACAACGGACGGUCGCGCUAUCUUCAACAGAAGCAGAAUACAUGGCGCUUUCCGAAGCAACCAAAGAAGCAGUGUAG